AUGGCUUCCAUCCAGGACCGUGCUCAGCACGCCAUAGCUCAGCUUGACAAGGAGCUCUCCAAGUACCCUGUCCUCAACAACCUCGAGCGUCAGAGCUCCGUCCCCAAGGUCUAUGUCGUCCUCGGUCUGGUUGGCAUCUACUUCUUCCUGGUCUUCUUCAACAUCGCCGGUGAAUUCCUCGUCAACCUGGCGGGUUUCAUCAUCCCGGCCUACUACUCUCUCAAUGCUCUGUUCACCGCCGGCACCGCCGAUGACACCCAGUGGCUGACGUACUGGGUUGUGUAUGCCCUCUUCACCGUGUUGGAGAGUGCCAUCAGCGCUCCCUACUGGUUCCCCUUCUACUACAUCUUCAAGCUUGCCCUCGUCCUCUGGAUGGCUCUUCCCCAGACCAACGGCGCUCAAAUCGUCUUCCACUCCUUCCUCCAGCCGGUGCUGGGCCGCUUCUUCGCCAGCGGCUCCACCUCUGCCAACCUUCGGGCCCAGGCCGAUGCCGCUACCAAGUCCCAGUAG